CGUUUGCUGGUUCGGUUAUUCGCACACCGCGCAGCACUAUUGUGAAUUCUUUUUUGGGUUUCAUUCUUUGAAACCGAAUCGAGGAAUCGGCACCACGGCCGCAAAUUCUUUUUAAGCUCAACUAACUUUAAAGUACAUGACCAUGUUCUCCUCGUUCUUUGAGACCGCAAGGAAUUCGCCAUUCCGCUCGCCCUUAGCACGCGUCCAGUGCGAAGAGAGCAACAAAAAUAGUAUGGCUCUUUCGGCUGUACCAGCAGUGGGCACAUCUCCUGGCCCCGUGCAUGGACGCGAAAUUGCCGCAGCUGCCAGCGCUGCAGGCGAUUCCUGUGAAUUCGGCAGCAGCAAGUACUUUGCAUUGUGCGGCGUUGGUGGUAUCCUGAGCUGUGGUACCACGCAUACAUUUGUCGUGCCAUUGGAUUUGGUCAAGUGCCGUCUGCAGGUCGAUCAGGCCAAGUAUAAGAAUCUGUUCCAUGGCUUCAAGGUCACCGUGGCAGAGGAGGGCGCUCGUGGUUUGGCCAAGGGUUGGUUCCCCACCUUUGUGGGCUACUCGGCUCAGGGCUUGUGCAAGUUUGGCUUCUAUGAGAUUUUCAAGGUGAAGUACGCAGAAAUUUUGGGCGAGGAGAAAUCGUAUCUGUAUCGCACCUACUUGUACUUGGCUGCCUCAGCGUCGGCUGAAUUCUUUGCUGAUAUUGCAUUGGCUCCAUUCGAAGCGGCCAAGCUUAAGAUCCAGAACUAUUCCUAGGAUUUUGCCAACACAUUCCGUGAGGCAGUACCCAAGAUGUUGAAGGAGGAGGGCAUCAAUGCAUUCUACAAGGGCUUGGUCCCAUUGUGGAUGCGUCAAAUUCCCUACACCAUGAUGAAGUUCGCGUGCUUCGAGCGCACCGUCGAGCUGCUCUACAAAUAUGCAGUGCCCAAGCCACGUGCUGAGUGCACCAAGGGUGAGCAGCUGGUUGUCACCUUUGCCGCUGGUUAUAUUGCUGGUGUCUUCUGUGCCGUUGUUUCCCAUCCUGCUGAUGUGGUUGUAUCCAAGCUGAAUCAAUCUAAGGGCGCUAGCGCUGUGCAGGUGGCCAAGUCGCUGGGCUUCAUGGGCAUGUGGAACGGUUUAACGCCACGUAUUAUUAUGAUUGGUACACUCACUGCCCUGCAGUGGUUCAUCUAUGAUGGUGUCAAGGUUGCCUUGGGCAUUCCUCGUCCACCACCACCAGAAAUGCCAGCCAGCUUGAAGGCCAAGCUGGAGAAGAAGCAGUAAAAAAAACUCAAUAGGUUACAAAAUCAAUAACCUAAAAACAAGAAAACAAAACCCGUUUUGUUUUUCCGCUAAGAAUUAAAAUAUCUAUAUUGGGUCUAAAUCAGAGUCCUAGCAACAGAACCGAAUGGCAACCACCGUGGGAAGCAAAAUGAGCUGGCGAAACUAACAUACUAUAUACAUAUAUAUAUAUAAUUUUAUAUAAUUGGAUUCUUUCUCGCCGCACACAUCAAAAAUAAUAUUGUUUCACUUUCAUUGUUAUGCGCAUUUUCUAAGGCACAUGACCAUUCCACAAAAAAGAUAACGAUACCAUUUAUAUUCUAUGCAUUUCUAUCUCAUCUGCUCUAUAAGAACGCAAAAUACAUUCUUUACUUUGUAAGCUAUACAUUUUCACGCUUCAAGUAUUCCAAUUUAUAAAUCUUUUGUAUGUUUUAGUUUACGCUGAUAUAAAUUGUUUGUAUGUUGUUUCCCAAAACUCAGAUAAGGAUUGUUAAAAAUGUUAGACAUAAUCAUGAUAUGAUAUGAUAUUACGCAAUAGUUAUGAUACGCUAUUUAAAUUCAAAUUAGUGCAAAUUAAAAACCAAUGCCGAUAAACACUCUGAAAUAAAUUAAAUUAAAA